UGAAAAGUUCUGGUCACACUGCUUUAAUGGCGAAAAAAAAUUGGGGAAACGCGAAAUUUAUGAUGGAAAAUAUGUUUCCCAAUUAACACGCCGGGAGAGAAGCAGCUGCCACAAUGAGCCUCAACCUGGGAGGGUGGAUCCACAGCUUCACCGUGACGGACACGCAGGAGCACAAGGGCGGCUACACCAUCUACAAAAUCACCUCGAUCGUCUUCCCGAGGUCGGUACCCCAGGCUCUCACCUGCCUUGUGGUGUGGAAGCGAUUCCACGAUGUGAAGCGACUGCAUCGCGAGCUCAGCCGGCGCCAUAAGAGCCUUCAGCUGCCCGGCAAGUUGCCCGUGCCCACGGAUAGCUCAUAUUUCAAGCGUUUCGAUGCAGCGGUCAUCCAGCGACGCAAGGAAUACAUACUGCAGUUGCUGUACUUCGCCGCCCAACAUCCAGCUCUUUACAAGUGUGCCACCUUCACGCAGUUCUUCCAGGAGACUCCCUCGCCAAAUGGUUCCCCGCUCAAAAAGCUCUAUGUGGAGCGAUCCUUGCGGCUGCAAACCGCGGAGAGUGGCUGCAGUGGAGGCGGAGGUGGAGGUGGAUCGGGGACAGGAACGGCCGCUGGAGCCAUUGCGGACAUUUGCGAUAAACUCGACUUGCCCUAUGACCACCACGACGCGGGGGGCAUUACGCCGCUAGAUCCGCGCUGUGAUAAGGAGCAGACGAACAACGAAGAACCCCAGGCCAAAGAAACUAGUAACAAAAUGGAAACGAAACCGGAACCCAAGCCGGAUGAGGCCCCUGCCAAGCGGGACUAUUUGCGUCUUCUGACGCCCAUGGCCUCCAUCGAAAGCGACGACAGCGAUUACAUCUAUGAAGCGGCCCUGGAGUUCAGCCACGCCGUCCAGGCAGAGGUCAAUCUGGAGUACGCCGAGGCCCAUGAACGUUAUAAGCAUGGUGUGGACCUGCUGCUCCAUGGAGCCAAACAAGAUGCCAACGAAGAGCGCAGAUUCAUAGCCAAGGCCAAGAUAGCCAAGUAUUUGGCCCGUGCCGAGGAGAUUCACGCCAAUUUUCUGGCCAACGACUGUCCCACAAAGAAGUUACAGUUCCAGCUCUCAUUGGACACGACAGACGGCGGAAGUGUGACGCAUUUGGAGUGCCCUUGGAACCAGUUGGCCCGCUACAAGGUGUUGCAAGUGCUCCAAGAGCGGGUGAUGCAGGUGCAGUGUGUGACGAAAUCCCAGCAGCCGGCGGCGAUUAUGAAGGGCAUUGAGAAGCCAGCGAGUCACUCGCUCACCCAAAGCAUCUUUCUGCCCCAACAGGUGCCUUACAUGGUCCAGCUGCUGGCCUACUUUCAGUCGGAGCAGAAAAUCUUCCUGCUGCUGCGACAGGCAGAGGGCGGCAGACUGUACGAUUACCUGCAGAGUUACACGCCCACGGCCAGCAAGUCUUUCAAUUAUGGCGAGCUUUUUCCCUCGGAUCAGGAGCAGCAGCAGGAGAAGGAAGUGGAGGAGAAACCUCUUACCGCUGACAGCGAAGUCGGCGAUUUGGUCCGCAGCUCCCAGCAGCUGUUGAAGUCUGUAACGAACACGCUGAGCAACCUGCAAGCUGGAGUCGUCACGCCCAAAAAACAAAGGGCGGAUGUUAAUCGCAUUCGCAGCAAACCCAUUCCGGAGCAGUGCCUGCGCCAGUGGGCCUGCGAGCUGGCUAUCGCCAUACACAGUCUACACGGCAAGGGCGUUAUACUGCGAGAUCUGCACAUGGCCAACAUAUUGCUGGGCGCCAAGGGUCAGCUUCUGCUGACCUAUUUCUACCAGAACGAGGGUCUCAGCUCGGACGACAACUACGUGCACAAGGCUCUGAGCUUGGAGGCAUUGGCCAAUCACUUUGUGGCCCCGGAGAGACCGCUGAGCUUCCGUUCAGACUGGUGGAGCUAUGGCGUGGUGCUCUAUCAGCUUCUGCUAGGUGUGCCCUACAAAGUUACUCAUCCGGGGCAGCUGGAACUCUAUGGUUGUGUCCAGUAUCCCAGUGAGUCACUGGAGAUCUCGGAUCAUGCCAAGGACCUGCUGGAGCAACUGCUGCAGCUGACUCCCGAGCUUCGCUUGGACUACGAUCAAUUACAGGCACAUGCCUUCUUCAAAGGAAUGGAUUGGCAGGCCGUUUUGGAACAGGGAACUGUGUCCACGUGAGAGUGGACUCUUUUUGGCUUUGGCUUGGAGGGCGUUUAGCUAAUUAUUUGCUUCGCUAUCCAAAAUGUUUUGUUAAUCUCGUACCUGACAGAGGUAUUUAGGUGAUUUGUGAUCAUUUCUUUGUCCUGAAUUGGUGUUGAUUUAGAAUUCCUUAAACGAAUCUUACAUUGAUUAUUUAUGAUUUUAGUUCCUUUUUUGUUGCGAAUCUUCAUUAUAUCUUCGAGAUUCUAUGCUUGACAACCUAGUAUCGAAGGAUCUUCUUUAGAAUCACCAUUGUUUUUGUUAAUAAGCAUCUUUUUAUGUUAUUCCUUGUUUGAUUCCUUGUCACUUGAUCAAUUAUUGGUACAAAAUACGAUUUAUUUAAACGUCUAUUAUAUACAUUUGCGAAAUGUCCUAGAGUAUUGCUUACAAUUAAAAAUUUAAACUAGAUUAAAUGUAGGUACAACAUAAUUUUCAAACCGUCAUACAAAAAGGUAUGGAUAAAUUAGUAAGUAAUAACUUUGUAAAGCCAAAUGAGCUAAUAUACAAUAUAAAAAGCA